GCGUGUGUGGCACCCUAAAUAGAAGACUUAAGUAGAAUAGUUAACCAAUCACUAUUUUAUUUAUCAUUCUACAUGAAUACCCUGCAGUUGCUUGAUGAUUUCAUCUUUUAUUUGCGCCUGCAUGAUUGUAUUCCAUUGCUGGCCACAAAGUAUAUAAUCACUCUAGCUUUUUUUUGAAAUUUUUAUUUUAUGAAAGAUGUGCUUCUUUGCAUUAAUGGGAAUUGUAGAAAUACAAUAGAAUUUUGUGCUCUCCAAGAUAAAGUAAAUAAAGUAUCAAACAUGUAAAUCUUAUUGUGGAACCAAAUAAACACUAUAUUUUGUUUCCUCUUUAUACUGUGAUUUUAUGAUUGUGUGCGACUUAUGCUUGUUAACAAUUACUGAAGCAGACAUGCAAACAAUCCGACAUUUCGGUGUGCACUAGGAUGGAAUUGUUCAUUUCUCAGUCACUACUUAGUAAGUACCACCACUCACUUUCCCAUGUUAAUUAUUUAAAAUAACAAGUAGACACUUGCAAAUUAAAGUUUACAACUCCAAAGAAACUUGGAAAUUCUCUCCUUUACAAGAAGAUACCACAGUUAUACCAUAACACAAGUGAGAAGAAUAGCAAGUGAUAAGUGAAAAAUGAAUCAAAGAGAGCUACUACAAUUCAGAACACCCCAACAUCCUUCUCAAGGAACCAACAGCUGGGGUGGAGCUUCUCCUUUGCUAGCAAGAAACAUCCCCAAGGAGUCACUUGAUCAAAGAUACUCAAGGCUCAACACUGUUCGUAUUCGCGACGAGAUCUUUCCGUAUCAGGCCGAUGAGCUCUACUUCUCGCCUCAGGUUCAUGCAUCUCCAUACCAAUUUCCUCCCAACCCAAGUCGCAGCAGCAGAAGAGGGCUCCUUUUCAGGUUAAAGUUUCCACGGAAGGAGAGAACUGUUAGCUUAGGUUCAAAUUCAAAGAAGAGAUGGUUUCCUAGGUGGGAUCCUAAAAACAGGUGGCCUCAAGUGUUAUAUGAUGCAUGCAUAAGUUGAAGCAAUAGUUUCAUGGAAGACAAGUCGAGGAAGAAAAGGAGAAGAAGGGAGUCUUAUCUAUCCACUUUGAAGCAAACAAUCCUAAUAAUUGGUAUUGUUUCUUAAGAUCAAAAUGGACUUCUAAUUCUUAUCUGUAUUUUUUAUGACAAUUCAAGCUUUUUUUUAUUAUUUUUUUUAAUUGAAUCCUCUCAAAAAUGCUACA